AUGUUGCGAAACAAAAUAUUUGAUCUAGCAGAUGACUUCUUCAAGAAUACUAGCAAAGAGGAGAAGAUGAGGUUUGCGGGCGGUGGAGGCUUGCUUACUUGCGAUUUAGGGACACGGGUUUCCGGGAUGAGAAAUACAGUCGCCGAACAUGUCAUGGUUUUAUUUUCGAGUAGCCUAGCUGGUAAAGGUCAUGGAUAUUUAAGAGUCGUAUUGUCUUACGAAUCCCGAUGCUGGGUUGAGACAACAUUCGACCAAUAUAAGUUUGGAGAUAUUUGCCUGACAGCUUGCGGCCGCUUGUGCUCCACAAUCCGCCGUGUGGCGUUUCCUCGGAACGAGAGUGAGAACACAGACCGGCUCAGCAUGCUAUUCUUUGUGCAGCCGGAUAGAGAUGUCCUUAUGGAGCCAAUAUUGCCAGGGGAAGCUGACCAGGAGGAGUUUAAGGACGUGCUAAGGCGUAGGGGUUAUCCGAGUGCGAGGCCUCUGACGGCUGAGGAGCAUUUGACACAAAGGCUACGAGCAACUUAUGGUUAUUAAAUGUUUGACUAUGCACGCAACACAAAGCGAAUAUAUGUCAAUCUCAUUUAUGUCCUUCCUGCUUUUGAGCCUAUUGUUAUGCAUUGCUGCAGAAAUUACUUUUCUUCUCAUACUUGC